UCCUGGAGAUGGCGGGAGAAAUGUCCAUGAUUGGUUCGGUGAUUCUGGCUCUGCUCCUGGCUGGUUAUCUGGGCCAGCAGUACCUACCUCCCCCCAAACCCAAAGUAAUCGGUCUGGACCUGGGUACUACCUUCUGCUCGGUCGGGGUCUUCCACCCGGGUAGCGGGGAGGUGGAGGUGGUGGCGGACGCGGAGGGGAGGAAGAGCAUCCCCAGCGCCGUCACCUUCACUGCCGCCGCGGUGCUGGCCGGGCACGAAGCUCUGGAGCUGGGCGACAUCAACCCGCACAACACCGUGUACGACGCCAAGAGGUUCAUCGGGAAGAAGUUCGAGGCAGGUGUGCUGGAGGAGGAGAGCUCCAGGUACCCGUUCAAGGUGAUAAACAACAAUGGCAGCGCAGAGUUUGUGAUCUCCACCAACCACACCUUCACCGUGAGCCCGGAGUUCAUCGGCUCCAGGCUGCUGCUGAAAAUGAAGAAGAUGGCUGAGCGUCAGCUGGGCGUGCUCAUCCAGAAGGCGGUCAUCUCAGUGCCGGCAGAGUUUGACGAGAGGCAGAGGAACUACACCGUCAGAGCCGCUAACCUCGCAGGUUUGGAGAUCCUGCGAGUGAUCAAUGAGCCCACGGCUGCAGCCAUGGCCUACGGCCUGCACAAGGUGGACGUGUUCAACGUGCUGGUUGUGGACCUUGGGGGAGGGACGCUGGACGUGUCUCUGCUCAACAAACAGGGGGGCAUGUUCCUCACUAGGGCAAUGGCAGGGAACAACAAGCUGGGGGGUCAGGACUUCAGCCAGAGGCUGCUCCAGUACACCACCCAGCUGGUUCUGAAGGAGUUCGGUGUUCCCCCCACCCUGAAGCAGGACAUCCACCGUCUCCGACAGGCCGUGGAGGCCGCCAAGCUCAACCUCACCCUCCACCCCAGCGCCAUGAUCAGAGUGCCCCUCAACCUUCACGGCAGCUCCCAGUCCCCUGAAGGCACUGCUCCGGUCCUCUUCCAGACCCAGGUCACCCGCCAGCUGUUCGAGGAGCUCAACGAGGACCUCUUCCUGAAGGUCCUGGCUCCUGUGAAGACCGUGCUGGUCGAGGGCCACCUGGAAAAGGAGGACGUGGAUGAGAUUGUUCUGGUGGGGGGGUCCACCAGGAUCCCACGGAUCAGGAGGCUGAUCAGCGAGUUCUUUGGGAAGGAUCCCAACACAUCUGUAGACCCUGACCUGGCCGUGGUGACGGGCGUGGCCAUCCAGGCCGGCAUCAUGGGCGGCUCGUGGCCUUUACAGGUGAGCGCCAUCGAAAUCCCCAACAGACACCUGCGCAAGACCAACUUCAGCUGAAAGGAAAUGUGAAAACUUCAGCCUAGAGAACUUUUUGCCCACGCUUCAGCUAAUGUCUGCUGCUGGGUGGAGCUUGUUGAAACAUUUGGCUCCGCCCUCUGCUUGCGAAAGGUGGCAAAGUGUUGAACCAACUUCCUGUCGUGGCGUCCGGGAUC